AUGCUUAAAAAUAAGGGAAUAUCAAGACUAGGAGGUCUUGGAGGAACAACUUACAAAGGACUGGAAGGUGGUUUUUUUUAUGAAGGUGUUGAUCUUACUAGUGCUACUGUAUGUCAGAGAGAACCAACUAUUAACAGACUGCUUGAAUGUAUGUUUAAAGAACACAUUAUUCUAUUUAGAUCACCACCAAUGACAGGAAAAACAUCCCUUGGACAACUACUUGAGGCCAAGUUGCUCCAAUUAGAUGAAUUGCAGAAUGGAUCAGCUUGUUGCAAAAAAUAUAUAGGAGAACCUUGUCAUUGUGGAAGUGCAUUUUGGAAUGCAUUUAAGCGCAUAAUGCAAAACUUGCAGCUUUCCAUUGUAGCAUUGGCCCCAUAUGGUCACUAUGGUGCUUAUGCUACUCGUGAAAAACAUAUUUGCUAUACCAAAGAAGAAUUUAGAGUUUAUUUUGAUCGAUUUUGUGAAGAACAUCUUAAAGAAAAAUUGGUAAAAGAUGACAUUCCAUAUCUUUUUAACUAUUUGUCCAAAAUAACAGUUUACCAUCCAGGUCUAAUUGUUUACACUAUGGAUCACAUUGGUGAAAGAUUUACCAAAAAAGACAGUAAUUCUUUAUCUUUUGAUAUACUUUUUUCUUAUCUAAAAUCUCAUGAUUUUAAUGAUCUCCUCAAGACUAUCCAUGCAUUUUAUCCAGCUUCUGAUCUUUCAUAUGAAGAAAGAAGAAUUGUUGAUGCUGUACUCUUCAAAAAAGGGGGUCUUGAUUAUGAAGCAGAGAAAAUUCCAAAUGAUGGUCGACUUCUUAAGACCAAUGCACUUGUUGAUACAAGUUCAAACAAAUCACAUAUUGCACUGCUUGAUUUUCCAGCACCAUUGCACUGA